AGCAAACACACUUCCCGUUUUAUCGGAAGGCCGUCUUUGUCGGCGGAAGGGCAGCAUGAAGUCCACUAGUUGAUCAAUCGAGUCAUCGACAUUUUAACGAAUUGAUUCAGAGGUAACUCAGCAACAUGGUAAUGGCAUUUCAGUCUAUUGUGGAUGACACAAAAGCAACCGCCACGUAUGCUUAACAUGCGGAUUUUUGAGAGAUAAUUUAUAAGAGGAGUUAAUUGAGCUAAGCUGAUUCGUUUUCGACCUAACAACAACAUUGAUUCGACAUGAUGAGACAGCGCGCAAGAAGCGUUCUUCUAGUCGGCAUUCUAUUUUCUGGACUUGUUGUAUUCUUUGCUUUGGAAAUUUGGCCGGUUAAUACUUUUUCUGAGGACGAAUCUGGACUCAACUCAACUCCAGACAACGAUGAUAGCGAAAUAUUCCGUUUGCAAGCUGGAUCGCCACUUUCUGAGAAAAGAGACUCGAAGUGCUUAGCACACAGUUGUUUUGAUAUUUUUAGAUGUGCAGUAAACGAAAACAAACUUAUAUCCGUCUAUGUGUAUCCAUUUGCCAACUUUUUGGACGAGAAUGGAAGAACAAUCAACAAGGCAAUGUCACAAGAAUUUUAUGAACUUCUGACAGCUAUAAUGAAGAGUAAAUACUACACAGCCGAUGUAGGAAAAGCCUGCAUCAUAGUUCCUUCAGUAGAUACUCUGAAUCAAAAUGGAAUGGAUAUUAAAGGGUACGCCAGAAUUCUCGCAAGCCUACCAAGUUGGGAAGAUGGAAAAAAUCAUUUAUUGUUCAAUAUGCUGCCUGGUGGUGCCCCUGAUUACAAUUCAACUUUGGAUGUUGCAACUGAUAAAGCUAUAGUGGCUGGAGGUGGUUUUGCAACUUGGAGCUAUAGAACAGGAUAUGAUGUCAGCAUUCCUGUGUUCAAUGCUCUCACAAAUCAAAGAAUUCCCCGUAGCUCACUGAAGAGGACAAAUGAGUGGAUGCUUGUAUCCUCUCAAACUAACAUGAACCACAUGUUCAGACGUCAACUUGAAGAUGUCGAGAGAGAGAACUCUGGCUUCCUAAUCCUGAAACACUGUGCUGAUGAUUCCAACAAUGUGUACAAGAGAUGUAAGGGAACGAUAUCAUAUCAUUAUCCUGAUAUCUUGCAGCAUGCUACAUUCUGUCUGGUUAUUCGAGGAGUCAGGUUGGGACAAACAACAUUAUUAGAUGCACUGAUGAUGGGCUGCAUCCCUGUUGUAGUCAGUGAUGAUUACAUUUUGCCCUUCUCUGAUGUUUUAGACUGGAAAAGGGCAGCAGUCCUCGUUGUGGAAAAUGAGAUCAAGCGCAUUCCAGCUAUUUUGAAGGAGGUUCCAAAAAGCCAAAUUGCAGACAUGAGAAGACAGGGAAAAUGGUUUUGGGAGAGAUACUUCAACUCCAUGGGAAAGAUUGCUCUCACUACUCUGAGAGUCCUAAAUGGCAGAGUUUAUCGUUAUACAGCUUGGCGGUAUGAGGAUUGGAAUGCUCCUUUUGUGACAUCUUCUGGAAAGAAAACGGCCAGCCUUGUACCACCAUUGUUUUUUCCUCUUCGUCCUUAUGCAAAUCAAGGAUUUACUGCUGUGGUGCUGUGUUAUGACCGGGUGGACACCAUGUUUAAAGUGAUCACAAAAAUUGCAGACACCCCCAGUUUGACAAAGAUAGUUGUUGUGUGGAACAAUGUCAAUAAAGCUCCUCCAUCUGUUGCCAAGUGGCCUAAAUUGUCGAAGCCAGUGAAAGUGGUUCGGACUAAAGAGAACAAGCUAAGUAACAGGUAGGAAAUCUCCUUCUCUCUGCCAUCUCAAAAAUCACUACUUCGCUGGGAGCAGCGUGCCAGGCGCAAGAGACAAGAUAGAGCUCAAGUAAGAGUCACCAACUUCCACCUCUUACCCUUUAUAUUACCUCUUGGAGCCUUCGCCGGCGUCUGUGGGAGACCAAGGGGUGGGGUGGGGGGCUUAAAGGAGUCAUGUCACCGUUUGCGUAUCUUGAAAAGUUUAACUUAAAUUUUAGUUCGUUGUUUGUAAUCCAUGUUAAUCUUCUCCAUC